GAUUAAAGUGGUGGGGGUGGGCGGAGAGUGGUUCCAGGUGCAGUUGACCGGGAGGCAGCUGGGAAUCAGAUGUGGUGACUUUAGGACUCAGGUGGUGGUUUUAACCUUAGACUGUGCAAGGAGAGUAUAUAUAGGGAAUAAAGGAGCGAAGAGAGGGUGAUCGAGGGCAUGUCAGGGAAUACAGCCUUGCAUUACUGUUACUGUAGCUGGUGCUUUGUUAGGACACAGGGACUAGAACGCGGAACGGCAGACCAGUACGGGUCAGGAGGAGGACGAGCUGCCAAAGAUGCCCAGGUCAGAAGAGUCGGGCGAUCAUAGAGAGGAGAACCUGUGUGGAGGGUGGCAGGCGGAAUGGGGACAGGGAUCUUGGGGCAGUGACCUCUGGGGCUCGCUGGUGUCAGAGGAAAGUCGUGUUAAGUUCAGUCUCUCCUGCCUUCCGAGAGGCCUGCUGCUUCUCAGUGUUCACACAAAAAGAUUGAUAGUUAUGGUAUGUUUAUUGGUAAGUAUCAGCUAAUCAAAACAUCCUCUGCUCUCUCAUUGGAAAACUGAACUGAGUAAGAGUACAAAUUUUGUGCUUCACUGGUUUGACUGUUCUUGUGUGCGCUUCAGAAGGCUUUCUUUUUCUCCCCUUCAAACGGCCGAUCUUGUUCUGGAUGUACCCAGCCUACAACAUAUUGGAAAGUCCCUAAUCAAAAGUUGUCCUCUACAUGGAUUUGGUGAUACUAAGGCCUUCUGAUCUGAACACCUGUUAAUGCGUGAACAGUACUGUUCACCUCCGGUGUCCGUGGCUCAUUGUACGUGUACUGAAAGCGUGAGGCUCGCAGCACAUUUGAUGACUUGGCCUGCCCUGCAUGGGGCUGGAGUGGGCGGAAGUCUGCUUUUCUCUCCGUCUGUUUCAGUCCCCAGAUACCUCUCAUGGUAUCACCACCUCUCCAGAGAGAUGACGAAUCUGGAAUUUACAGAAGUGUGUGCACGCAUGUGUAUACCUUUGUGUGCAAUAUAACUUCUUUACGUGAAUAGGCCAUUGACCUGAUGCUGAGAACUAGCCAUCCGUUCAGUCCUGGAGGAAGCAAGUUGUUUUAGGCUCACUGGGAAGACCCACUGCUUCUGGGUUUUCUCAGGGCCUUGCAGCGGUGUUUUGUGACUGUAUACUCUUCCCCAUACCUCCAGACUUUCAAUCCUAGCCCUCACAAAAGAUGCAGUUCCUUAAGUCAGUACUCAUAAAUGAAAUGCACAUUCCCUUUCCGUUGUUUUUUGGAGGCACCAAUACUGUGUCUGGUAAAAGGACCACAAGGGCCAGUUCAGAGCAAAGAGGACAAUUUGAAAUCUUUGUUAUCCUGACUUCCGGCAGAGGGCUUGGCCUCCUGGUGAGUAAGAAUAGGAAGGUGAUGUGAGUUGGGGUACUGAAAAGUCAUUGAGGUGAUGGGUUGUCAGGGAAGCGUAACAUGUUGGAAGGGGUUGGAACCUUAGCUUCUCAUCUCAAAGUCUCCAGGCACAGCCAAGGGGAAAGACUCCACCUCCUUUGGCCUUACUUUCACGUGAGACGGGAUGACUCUGGGUGAAUCUCUUUUGGAGGAACAGAGGGAACAGGUGGACCAAUCAAAGAAAGGGAAGUCAUUCCGAUCUGCUUGAGGUUCUACUUUGUAUGACUUGCUGUGAUUAUUAUCCUGUUAGUAAGCCUUCGCCUAGGGAAACGGCAUUAUGUAGAUACUUUUGCAGGAUCUCCAGGGCUGAAGAAGAAGGAAGAAGGUGCACUGAUAUCAGUGUAGUUCCCCCGGGGAUGGUUUUUGCACUGGAUCCAUGCCUGUUUAGGUGACUUGACUCCCUUAUAGCGUAUGUAGAGUCAUAUAUGUGUGUAUGUGUGUGCAUACAUACAUACACACGUAUAUAUAUGUAUAUAGUAUUCAUUUUAUAUAUACUUGCUCUCGACUCAUUUUACCUCCCUUCUGUCCAUCAGUCCAGGUCCUAUAUCACCUAUAAGACCCAGGACUGGGCUCUUACAGACACUUUUCUAACUAUUCUGAUUAACAGUAAUCAUUCCUUAUAUAUGUCUGUGGCGUUUUCCCUUUGUACCACACAGAGUAGCAAUUGUCAACAAUUUUUACUGAUCGUUUGUAUGUAGCUGUUCAGUUCUGGGCACAGAAUUAUAGAUUUUUUUAAUUCUCUUUUUGUUUUAUAUAUGUAUUAUCUGUGACCCCAGCGAGCAUAUAAGUUUCUUGAUAAAUACUGUUCUUUUUAUUUUGUGUCAUUUUCUUUUCCUGUAGAGCUUUCAUUGUUGAGGUUCCUCAGUGCUGAACUAACAAGAGGUUACUUCCUUGAACAUAAUGAGGCCAAGUAUACAGAAAGAAGAGAAAGAGUAUACACUUGUAUGCGAAUACCAAGAGAAUUGGAAAAGCUCAUGGUUUUUGGAAUCUUUCUGUGCCUGGAUGCAUUUCUGUAUGUGUUCACCCUGCUUCCUUUAAGAGUUUUCCUGGCACUAUUCAGGCUCUUCACUCUGCCUUGCUAUGGCUUAAGGGACAGACGUUUGCUUCAGCCUGCUCAGGUGUGUGACAUCCUGAAGGGUGUCAUUUUGGUAAUCUGCUAUUUCAUGAUGCACUACGUUGACUACUCCAUGAUGUAUCACCUGAUAAGGGGGCAGUCAGUCAUCAAGCUGUACAUCAUCUACAAUAUGCUCGAGGUAGCAGAUCGUCUGUUUUCAUCAUUUGGACAAGAUAUAUUAGAUGCUCUCUACUGGACAGCAACAGAGCCUAAAGAAAGAAAAAGAGCCCAUAUCGGAGUGAUUCCUCACUUUUUCAUGGCCGUUCUCUAUGUCUUUUUGCAUGCAAUUCUCAUUAUGGUUCAAGCAACCACUCUCAACGUGGCUUUUAACUCACACAACAAAUCACUGCUCACCAUCAUGAUGUCUAAUAAUUUUGUUGAAAUUAAAGGAAGUGUUUUCAAGAAGUUUGAAAAGAACAAUCUUUUUCAAAUGUCUAAUAGCGAUAUUAAGGAACGAUUCACGAAUUAUGUGCUUUUGCUAAUUGUGUGUCUAAGAAACAUGGAGCAGUUUUCUUGGAAUCCAGAUCACCUCUGGGUGUUGUUUCCAGAUGUCUGUAUGGUGAUUGCAUCAGAAACUGCUGUGGAUAUUGUAAAACAUGCUUUUAUCACCAAGUUCAAUGACAUUACUGCAGAUGUCUACAGUGAAUAUAGAGCCAGCCUUGCUUUUGACCUUGUUAGCAGCCGACAGAAAAAUGCGUAUACUGAUUACAGUGACUCUGUGGCACGGAGGAUGGGGUUCAUUCCUCUCCCACUAGCUGUUUUACUCAUCAGAGUCGUCACAAGCUCCAUUAAAGUGCAAGGAAUCCUGUCGUAUGCCUGCGUCAUACUCUUCUAUUUUGGGUUGAUCUCCCUGAAAGUCCUUAAUAGCAUCGUGCUGUUGGGGAAGUCAUGUCAGUAUGUGAAGGAGGCCAAAAUGGAAGAAAAGUUGUUCAAUCCUCCUCCGGCCAGCACAUCAGGCAAACCACCCCAUAAGUCACAGAACAAAUGUAAACCCUCUCAAGAAGAAAACUUGUCUGCUUCGGUCACCAGCCAGCCUGUUCAUCCGAAAGAAAACGUCAUACCCUUACUUGUCACAAGCAGUUCUGAUCAGUUUCUGACGACUCCAGAUGGUGAUGAGAAAGACAUAACGCAGGAAAGCUCGGAAUUAAAGCACAGAUCGUCAAAGAAAGAUUUGCUGGAGGUAGACAGGUUCACAAUCUGUGGAAACCGAAUCGACUGAGCUCUGCGGCCAAGUCCUGGGGCGGGAGACGCUCUGCUACUGGGAUGGACAGAUGCGAAAACUGGCACUUAAAUAUUUAUUUAAAAACUUAAAUUAUUAAUGGAAAGCGAAUCUUAAUAUCUUUCUUCCGGUGACGUGGUCUGGCUGAAGGUCAGGUCACAGAACAGCAGCGACCUCCAGCCUGGACUCUGGAACCUGACGGGUGAGGAGGAGCCCCCGGCUUGGCAGAGGGCAGUCACUUCUGGGCCUCACAGGGGCCACCUCCCAAUCACUUUGCCGUAUCCGUCCGCGCUUCCAGAACCUCGAAUUCUCCCUCGAGGCCUCUUCCAUACAAGGAUACACCUGGAAAACUGUGAAGCUUCUACCAUGACAUUACCUUUCCAGCUCAUACUGUUUUCACAAACAGGUUUCAGACUUGACUUCAUCUGCCAAAGCAUUAAAAAAAAAAAAAAAAAAAAAGAUUAAAACUUAA